CAUGUUCCUGAUGUCAGAAUUCUAAUUAGAGUUGAUUUGUGACAAUAAAUGAAUUAACAAUAAAUAAAUAAAUAUAACAUAAAAAGAAGAAAAAUGUAUAUUAAAAUUAAAAUGAGUGUCUGUUUGUCUGUUCGCAAGAUGAAAUGCUUGAUAAACUCUUGAACUUCCCCUUAAACCUGUAAAAAUUAACUUUCAUUUCUUGGUAACCAGCUUCAGUUACUGGGCGUGGUCCUUACAGUUUUUAUGAUCGCCACCAUCCUUCAUCUAAUCAUGGAGAAGCGAAAAAACCGCAGAGACUAUAGAGAAUAUUUUGUAAGGGGUGAACACUUAAAGCUGAAAGAGCUGAAAUCGAAAGCUCGACAUUCCUACCUGGAUACGAAAAGGAAAAAAUACCUGUUCAAAAAUAAAAAAUACAUCCCUCCGUACCCCCGGCCGGAGUUUCACGUCUCUCAUGUGAAACACGACACAGAGAGAGGGUCACUGUGCUGGAUCUCGAAGGAUGGAGGCUUCAAGGAUCCACACGGCGGCGUCAAGGACCCUGAAGAGCCGUCCCUGGUGUGGUGGAGUCUGGCUGUUGCACCAGAGGAGAUCCGGUCAGCUGAGAGGAGGCUCCUGAAGAAGACCUUCCCAUACCGGACCGAGGAGCAGGCCCGGAGGCAGCAGAGCUUCCUGAGGAAGUUCGCCUCCUCUCCAGCCUUCAGUGAGAAGUCCAGGUAUGGAUCGUACCGCUUCACCUUCACGGUGGAGGAGGUGCUGGAGGCCUACAGCGAGCAGUUUUGCUUCGGUGCUCCGCCCGUCUUGCGAGUGUUCAAGACCUCCCUGUACAAACAGGAAGUGGUGUAUGCCGUGCUGGUCCAUAGCCCGCACGAUGACGGGCGCUUCUCCGAGUACCCCGAGCUGCCCGAUGACGACCCGAACGCCGUCUGUGCUUACAGACGAGAAGAAAACAUCUUCAUCUGGAGACCAGAGGCCAUGUGUGGGACACACUGGUAUGAGCUGAACUGCAGACCUGAGGACAACCUGAUGGAAGCCUGGGAGCUGGAUAAUUGGCCAGAGUAUUAUGUUUGGGAUCACGUCGCCCUCGCCCUGCAUGUGGAGAGCGGACAGGUGCUGAAGUUCGACUC